AUGGAAGAAGUGAAGAAAAGGACUGAGGGGUUGCAGUGUUCUGGAAUUCAACAGGAGAUCCUAGAUACCAAGGAAGGCUCUGUUAGGAGCUCUCAACACGAGGGAAUCCACAAAGAGCCUAACUCAACUGGAUCACCGGUGAAUACCAGAGACAGUGAUGGGGAAAUGAGAAAGCAAUUGAUAAGUGCUAGAAAUAAUACAGAACAGGUGACUGGGAAAGGGAAUGAUGAAAAGCAUUUAGAGAAAGAAGCAGAUGCUGGUCUGGGAAGAGUUGAAACAAAUGCUAUAGGUGGUAAAAAUAGUUCCAAGGAGAGAAUGAUUGAUCCUGGACCUAUUUCCCAUGUGUAG